UGUCAUGGCAUGUCAAAGCAAUUAAUUAUUUACAAGUCAGUUUCUUGUAUUUUCUACCUCGAGUAAUAUUAUUCUUUUCAGGAUAUAAUUCAUUGAUUUGAAUUUAUUACAUCUUUUUUGAAUAGUGGACAUACCUUAUUGGUAAUUCAUUCGUUAUGAAUGACAAAUUUAAUGAUGGUAUCAUCAGGAGACUGCCAGCUGAAAUUGGAAGACGCUUGAUGGAUAUCAAUUUAGAAAAAGCUAUGGUAUACUUAGACGAAGGUGUCGAAGCACUUCCAGAAGAACGAUACUGUUUACUCGGUAGAGCUACCGCUAGAACACGAGCUUUAGAUAUUUUCGGUGCAGCAGAAGAUAUUGAAGUCCUCCUAAAGCUUUAUCCCUGUGAUUUAACUGCUCAUGCGCUGAAUAAUGACAUUGAGUAUUUGAACUUGAACUUCGAAAAGGCGCUCAUCUUGAACGGUAAAUACCUCAAACAGAGAAAGUUUCCCCCGCACUUCUUCCUGGGAUACAUGAAGUGCAUGGACGCCAUCAUGAAUUCAUUGACGAGAGAACGAGCUGGCCACCCUCUGCGAGAUCACUACAAAAUAAUUCGUAAGAAGGCAUGGACGGAGGAAUUGAAUCGUCCAUUGCAAAUUCGAAGAGAUAAUAAAAAAUCGCGAGUAACGGAUAGCAAAGAAUCAAGCAGAAUGCAAGUGAAUACUGUAGAAUCGAGGGAGAUCGCAGAUAUUUCAUCUGAAACCGUUGGGGAUGGGUCAUUGCGAGGAUUUAUGAAAAUUGAUCCUAGGAGAGAUGCAUCCCUCGCAGACUCGUUAGGGAACAAAAACCCAUCCUCACUGAUUCCUAAAUUGAUAGGAUUUCCAUAUGAACCACUGCAGAAAAGAACUACGAAUCUGGCGAAUUAUAUGUCUGAAAAAUAUCUGGGACAACUUUUUGAGGAUAAACGCUUCCUGGAGAAAAUUCCAAACAGAAAAGGAUUUAUUGCUCCUAAUAUAAAAGCCGAAGAUAAACUCAAGAAAUUGGUGAAAAAUGUCAACGUUUAUCUCAACAAAGCACAGGGUCUGAUGAGGAGCACGAGACCAUUUUACCACAUAAAAUAUCAAGAAAGGAAAUCGAUUUCGGAGACAAAAACUGGUAAUGAGAAUCUGUAUCAAAGACAGAAUGAAGAAGCUGAAAAAUAUUUUGAGAAAAUACUUGAUCGUCUGAAUACCUGCUUCGAUGCCAAUGAUCUAAAGGGGAUGAUAGUGCUGAUUUCUAAUAUGACAGAUUAUUAUCACAGAAGGUUUCCUAAAUACGUAAUCAGGAGCCAGUAUAGCCAUAUUGCAGAAGCAAUGAAUUUCUUAAGAGAUGGUUACUUCCAUAUUGGACUUUUCUCCGAAAAUAUGACUCUCGGAGAAAAAAUAACGAGAGCCCAAGUGAGGCUAGGUAUGGUUAUGGAAACGAGUCCUUCCAAUGAUUCAUUCUUUAAUAAUCUUCGACAGUAUAACUCGAUAAAUUGGGCACCCAAUAUUAAAUUGGUAGAGGAGCAACUGAAAAAAUCCAUGUUUCCUGAAGAAAUUAUCUACUUCAACUUUCAAUUGGCCAAGCUAUAUCUAGAUAACGGAAAGCUGGAAUUAGUGAAGCGUCACGCAAAGAAAAGUUUGUUUGUCGCAAGAGAGCUCAAAGAUAAGAAAUGGGUAGUGAAUAUCAAUUUUCUUCUUAUUCAGGCCUACAUAAAGCAGAACAACAAAAUGGAUUCUAUAAAACUACUGGAGAGAAAUUUAUUAUUGGCAAAGAUUAUGAGUUACGAGAAAUUGAUUUAUUUUCUUAAUUUCGCUAUUCAGCUAGUAAAUGAAACCGAUUUCUAUGUUCUAUCAAGUCCGAUUUACUUAAUGAGGAAAAGAAAAAAGCAAAUUUUGAAAUUGUUGCAUGACGACGAAAGAACUAAAAGAAGAGUGGAGAUGAUGUUCAAAAAAAUGAGCUAUUCUCCGGUAGAGAGAACACUACCGAUUAUACCAGGGGUAAAAUUGACAUUACCUGUAACGAAGAGGAAACAAGAAGAGAGGAAUCAAACUUUAACUCGACGUUAUAUAACAAGUAAAGCAUCUAAAAUGUCCAAAGUAUCGUACAAGAGGCGAGGAGUAGAAUGUUAUGAUUUAGUGAAAGACUAUAUCGAUUUGGAAGAAUCUUAAAACUUUGAGUAACUUCCGGUGAAAACCGAUACGUCGUAGUUCCAGCUAUGUCAAUACUCUACUGAUGGAUGAACGUGAAUUCAGAAUAUGGAAUAUUUUUAAGUCCACAAUACCUAAUUAAUUUUUUAGUUUUAUUCGAAUUGUUAAGUUUCUAUCAUCAAAUAUGUAAUAAUGUAUUUCUACUACGUUUAUAUAUAUAUUAAGUAAUAUAAUUUAUUUUUCUACUGA